CUUGUCUCUGAGGCAACAAAAAUAAAUAUCUGCAAAAAGUUGGUUGGUUAGCUUCGUAGCUGAAAGUGCUCAUAUAGUGGUGAAUGGUGAUGCAAGAACAUUAUGAGUGAUGAUGAAACAAUUUCUGAUGAGCACAUUCAAUGGAUGCAGAAAGCUUUGGACUUUGCAAAAGAUGCUUUGACAAAUUCUGAAGUUCCUGUAGGAUGUAUUAUUGUUUAUGACAACCAAAUAAUUGGAAAUGGACGUAAUUUUGUAAAUGAAACUAAAAAUGCCACACGUCAUGCUGAAUUUGUAGCAAUUGACCAAGUAUUAGAUUGGUGUAAAAAGACAGAUUGUGCGAGUGAAGAAGUAUUCAAAAACUCGGUACUAUAUGUGACUGUAGAACCAUGUAUUAUGUGUGCAGGAGCACUUCGGGCAAUUCAGAUACCACUCGUUGUUUAUGGUUGCGCAAAUGAACGCUUCGGUGGAUGCGGAUCAGUUUUGUCGAUUCAUUCUGACAAGUUGCCCAAUCAGGGUCCAGCUUUUAAGUGCAUUUCUGGAGUAUUCCAGGAGGAAGCUGUGAAACUUUUGAAAGAUUUCUAUAAAGGAGAAAAUAUCAAUGCUCCAGAUUCGAAGAGGAAGAAAAAACUUUAGAUUUAAUCAAAUACUGCAUAUGCCACAGGUCAUGGAAACAAUAUAGGGAUUCAUACAUUGUUUGGUACAACUUUAGAACAGACCAUACAUACGAAAGACUAAUGACCUGAAAUUGAUAAAUUUCUGAAAUGGGUUGUGGAUCAUCAGUUGUGAGACAGAAAUCUGAAAAAGAGGAACAAUGGGACAGAGUUUGGGAGACUGUAGAGGUGAAAAAGCCAAAGGGCAACAUGUCAAAGAACCUUGUAGUCAAACGUUCAGGGUGGAAGACCGUAAGGAUCUUUGUGUCGUCAACUUUUAGGGACUUUCAUCAUGAGAGAGAAAUACUAGUGAAAAAGGUUUUUCCAGAUUUGAGAAUAUGGUGUCAGAGCAGACGUCUGCAUUUAGUGGAGUGUGACCUAAGAUGGGGCGUUCCCAAAGAUUCAACCACUGAGACAACACUAAGGACAUGUCUGGAAGAGAUAGAUCGCUGUUACCAAGACAACAUCAUGCCAUUUUUUGUCAACAUGACAAGUGAGCGUAUAGGCUGGAUCCCUUUGGAAGAGGAAGUGCCAGCAUCUAUCAAGUCAGAAUACAAAUGGGUCAAUGGCCUUUCUGUUACAGAGAUGGAAAUCAUGCAUGCUUCAUAUAGGAAAGAUAACCCAAACUGUAAGUGA